AUGGCAUUAUAUCUGUUCACGUCAGAGGGCAGGUUCAAACGGACGCUCGGCCUUAAGGACCUGCUGCCUCGGCGGGCCACCCAGCGGCCGUCGGAGCGAGUUGGAUUACUUUCGACCGCACAGGGGUCUAGGAUCGGCGGGCGCUGCGCCAACCUUACGAAGACACUGGGCUCAGUCGACGAGAGAGGAACGAGCAGUGACAAAGCGCGCAAGCGGACCGAAUGCUGGACGUUGCUGGGUCCACACUCGCAACCCAGAAGCAUCGCAACCCAGGAGCAGGGGCAGCUACACUUGGGUACUGCAAUGUCCGACAAUGCAGCAGCAUCCAACAGCCCCCGAAGUGUCCUAUUAGAAGGGGCGUGGAAGAACGGCAGCGCCAGCGCAGGCGGGAGAUCACCACGCAGAGAGGAGGAUGGCUCGGAUUUCGGAGCUACCCCAACGCCGGUGGUGCGCUUUCAAUUCGGACGAAGCUCUCGACUCACCGCGCGAACGCGGGCAUCCUGGCGUCCAGGCACGCAGCAGACCCUUUUCCUGUAUCAGCAUCGUCAUACUCACUCGUCACUAAUAACGUUAGCCCUGCGACCUUCGCCAAACAACGCUCGUGGGGCUUCGGCCGAGCAAAAGUUUGCGAAAGCGCGCGCUGUCCACAUGUCAAGCAGCCCUGCUGUUCGGCCUCACAAGACGCAAGAAAAUGGCUCAACGGCUCCUUACUGUGUACCCUGUUGUGCGGUUUGA